UUAUAAAUAAAGAUGCAAUGGAAUAUGAGAAUCAAGAUCAAGAUAGUGUAAAUUUUACAAUAAAAUAUCUAGGGAGUACACUUGUAGAGGCAGCAAGCAGUGAAGGUGCUACAGCCGAAGCAAUCAAAACAAUACUACGUGUGGCUAAAGUUAGUGGUAAGAAGUUACAACGUGUACUAGUCAAUGUAUCCCUACGGGGUAUACGUAUUACAGAUCUUUCAACAGAUGAAGAGCUACUUGAUAUAUCUAUUUAUAGAAUAUCAUACUGUUCAGCGGAUGCAUCCCACGAUCAUGUGUUUGCGUUUAUAGCAGCGAAUGCGAAUGAAACAAUGGAAUGUCAUGCAUUUUUAUGUCCUAAACGUAAAGUAACACAAGCUGUGACAUUAACGGUGGCCAAAGCAUUCAAUGCAGCAUACGAGGCAUGGCGAAAGAAUGAGGAGAAACGGAAUUUAAUCAUUGGUGAAUGUUCAAAAAGUAUUGAAGCGUCAGCAAAUCAAAGUUCACAGCAAGCGACAAUCGUCCGGUCGGAGAAAGGUCAUGAUGAUGACAUUACUGACAAGAAUAGUAGUAUGCUUAUUGACUUUAAUUCGGAUAUGACUGAAAAUGAAAAUUUACACCACAAUUCUUGGGUGUGUUUUGACGAGAAUGAGGACUCUAUGAAUAACAUGAUUCACAACAAUACAACAAACACACAACAAAUAAAACAUCAUACAUGGGGUGAAAAGCAAACAAUCAACUUACUUUCUUCAUAGCUUAAUAUGGAAAUAUGCUCCAAUAACAAUAACAAUAACAAUAAUAAUUCAACAGUCAUUUGUUAAGUCAACCUGUAUGCACAUAUCAUCAUAGAAGAAACUGACACGACGAUGAACAACACAUGACAUGGAUAAUUAUAAAAAGCAGUUAUAAAAUAUAUUUAAAAUUAAAAACAAAUACUUACCUAUGUGUGAAACAUUUUAUUUUGACUUAAAAAGGUUCAACGGACCUCGUACUCUCCUUUUUGGAGUGAAAAACGAAGUUUGGUCAAUUAUACACUAUAAUGGAGGACUGCAUUACCUUGACUCGCGUGCUUCAUUCUGCGUACGCCUGUUGCAAAUUGAGAUUACUAUGGUCGUAUUCGUACUUGAAGAGUAAAGCAAACUUCUAGUUUUAUUGAACGUCGUAGAAUAACAAAAAAAAAGAAAGAAAAUCCACCAAUUUGCACCUCGGUAAUGCGAAUAUACAAUGUGUCGCAUUUAAGAUGAAGGCACCCUCAUAUUUUCUUUAUU